GUUAUUCAUUCGUCAACCUGGGAAAUCAGAAAAUACAUAAACAAAAUUAAUUUUUUUUAAAGAAAAAUAACAGUAAGGAGAGAAGGAAACGAGUUGAAGCAUUCAGUGUGUUCGAUCAUUUUUUUUAUUUCUUGAAUUUCGAUUUAUUUGUUUGAUUUCGAUGUAGCCUUGCAAAAGCCCAAAUCAGACGCAAGAAAGAACGAAAGAAACAGUUCGUUUUUUAUUAGAUUGCUGUUGGUUUUGGAGGGGCAAUCAAAAUUUGGAUGAAUUGCAGCAGAUGAUGAUUUGUUGUUGCUCUCUGAAUCUGAGAGAUGCGAUUCAAGCUUGUCUUCAUGAUUGUGAUAAGCUUCUGUAUGUGGCAGUCAUCCUCAUUUACAUCCAAAUUGGGUGCGCCUUGACCGGAUCCCUCGGCGCAUUGUACAACGGUGUGUUGUUGGCCAAUUUGGGCAUAGCCUUUUUCGCUUUGGUCGCAAUCGAGAGUGGCAGUCAAAGCUUAGGCCGAGCUUACGCCGUUUUGCUCUUUUGCGCCAUUUUGCUCGACAUUUCAUGGUUCGUCCUCUUCGCCCACGAUAUUUGGAACAUGUCGAAAGAGAGCAACGGCGAUGGGGAAGGAGAAGGGGAGAGUCGCGGAAUGUUGUUCAUUUUCUCGGUAAGAUUAACGCUUGCGAUGGAGAUAGUGGGGUGUUUCGUGAGACUAUGGUUUUCUCUCUUGUGGUUUCAAAUAUAUAGGUUUGGGGUUUCGUAUGUAAGCGGUGGUGCCGAUAUAAGAGACCCUGAUUUUGAUUUGAGAAAUGGAUUUUUAACCCCUUCAACUCCCUCAAAUGCCUUACUUAGACAGUGCCCUCAAAAUGAAUCCGAUGAAGCUUUAGGAGGCGCCAUUUAUGAUCCUCCUUAUUACUCUUCUCUCUUUGAGGAUCGUCAGCAACACAAUAGAAUUUUUCUUCUGGAUCAUGAUGGAAUUGGUGGAAGUGGAUCUGCUCCUGAUGCUGAAACUUCUCUCCUAAAGCCAUCACCUGUUACGACUAUUCAGGUUAUCGAUGUAAGCAUCUAUCCGUUCUUUUCCUUCGACUUUCCGAUUUACACUUUUUUUUUUCCUUUUAGCAAUAGGUCCAGUAGCUCUUACAGACUGCUCAAUUAAGAAAUAAGUCACUCUGACUUUUAUGUGGAUUUUGAUUUUGAUUUUGAUUUAUAUAGUAAUAUAAUAUGGGGGUCAUUUAGUUGUUUGGCUAAUGUUU